AUGUCAUUAGUAGAACAAGUUGAAAGAAAAGUUUAUGAAAUUAGAAGUUCAUAUAAAUUUGCAGAAAAAUCAAUUGAUACAGAUUUUAAAGAAAUUCAUAAAAAGACAAAGUUACAUUAUAAACUUUUAAUUCAAACUCUUCUUAUGCUUCGUCAUUACAAUGAAAGUCAAAAAAAAAUGUUAAAUACAAAAGUUAAAUUAUCAAAUGCUUUAAUAGAAAUUUCAAAAGAAGAUAUUCAAUUAAAUAGUAUUGCAACAAAGUAUAUGACAACAUGUGAGUGUUUAGAAUUAGGACUAACAACAUGUUUAACAUCAAUUGAAGACGAUAUAUUUUUACCAUUAAAAGAAUAUAGUCAACAAUACAAAGUUAUUGAAGAAAGAAUUGUUGAAUUAAAAAAAAGACAAAUUGAUAUGGACCAUGCUCAUAAUAGUUAUGGAACAAAUGUUUUAAAAAAUAAGCCACAACAAAUUAUUACAAAUACUAAAACUAAAUAUGAACAAGCAAGAGAUUUUUAUUUUUAUUUAAGAAAUGAAAUUAUUGAUGAUAUGAAAAAAUUAAAUAAUAAUUAUAUUAAAAUAGUUGAACCUUUCUUUGUUAAAUUAUUUCAAAAUGAUAUUUUAAUUAGAGACAUUUACAAUGAAUCUCUUGAAAGUAUUGAAAAACUUCUUCCUUCUUUUAAAGAACAAAUUGUUGAUGUUAAAUGGCUUAUUACUCAAGAUAAUGAUAGUUUUAUUCAUCCUCAAAAUAUUUAUACUCAAAGAAAAGAAGAUAUUACAAAUGGUGGAUAUAAUAUGAAAGCAAAUAAUAUGAUUGUUGAAAAUGCACCUAUCGACCCUGACUAUAUAACUGAUAUUCCAAUGAUGCCUCCUGAAGAAAUUACUCAACCAACAGAUCCUCAGCAACCAUCACUUACACCUUUAAGUGUAAUGGAAUUAUUACCAAAUAAUAAUGAUAAAUUAAUUAAAGAACCUCAAUCACAACCUCAAAAAUAUAAAGUUUUAUAUGACUAUGAAACUACUGAAGAAGAUGAAAUCUCUUUAAAAAAAGAUGAUAUAGUCCUUGUACAUCGAAAAGAUGGAGAUUGGUGGGAGGGUGAAGUAAAUGGACUGUAUGGAUUAGUACCAUCAAAUUUCCUUGUGCUUUUGGAAUAA